AUGCCCGUGUGCGAGAUCAUCGCUCGGGGUGGGGACGCGCUCUCCCGGAUGAUGGUCGGCGCGUCUGACCGUGUCGGCCAGGGGAUGGACAGCGGCUCGCGCAAGAUCUGCCUCAGCAUCGUGUGGCCGGGUCACGAGAGCGCGAACUGGGCACACUCGAUCGAGCUCUACACUCCCCUUGGUCCGCUGACGCGCGCCCAGCUGGCCGUGCUUGUCGCUCAGAUGAUACUUUCCUUCGUCGAGGCCACCAAGCAGUUCCCUGCCUCGCGCUGCCCAGAGUGGCGCAUCGGUGCCAGCGGCGUCUCCCUCAACCGCCUCUACCUUGCCGGCCUCUGGAAUACCUCGCCAGACAUGUGGAUGGCCGAGAUUCUGGUCGACACGAGGACUUUGCUAAGCUGA